AUGACAACAUUCCGCGAUUCGCCUGAGAAGGAGGCGAGCUACAGCAGCUUCCUCUACCGCCAACUCUUCGUCCACCCGUCAGCCGUCGCGCACAAGGACGUAAGCCUCCAUGGUAAAAUCGCCAUCAUCACUGGUUCCAAUGGCGGUCUCGGAUUUGAAUGCGCCAGGCAGCUGCUGGAUCUGGGGCUGAGUAAGCUGAUAAUAGCCGUCCGGAAUGAAGCGAAGGGCAAGAAAGCCAGCGCCGAGUUGUCGGCUGGCCGCGCUCUCAAGACGGGCGCCAUUGAGGUCUGGAAACUGGAUCUCUCCUCCUGCGACUCAGUACUCGCAUUCGCCGAGCGUGCCCGUACCCUGGAGCGCCUGGACGUAGUGGUCCUCAACGCCGGCCUGAACAAAUUGACAUUCAGCCUAAACCCAAGCACCGGCCACGAAGAGAGCAUCCAAGUCCACUACCUCUCCAACACUCUGCUGCUCAUGCUGCUUCUUCCAAUCAUCAAAGCCAAAAGACAGCAAGGGAAGCCAGGCCGUAAGGUCCUCAUCUCGUCCGACAGAGCGGCCUGGGCGCCGUUCAAGGAGAAAUACACGGCAGAGCGUCUGCUGACAGCCAUGGACCAGCCCGAGAGUUUCGACCUCUGGGACCGCUACUCGACGUCCAAACUGCUCGGCCUGCUAUUUCUGGUGAAACUGGCGAAACGCGUCCCUCCGUCGGUCGUGGUUGUCAACGCCCCUAACCCGGGUUAUUGCUACGGGUCGCGGUUGGGCCGCGAGACUGCCGGUGUCGUGAAGCUCGUGGGCGACGCUAUGGCUCGCAUCUUCGGGCGGUCGACGCCUAUAGGCGCUCGUGUGAUUGCGCAUGCUGUUGUUAGGGCUGGGGAGGACAGCCAUGGGCAGUAUAUCGGGGAUUGUGAGCUGAAAGCGAUGGCACCGAUGAUCUAUACGACUGAGGGGCAGAAGCUUGCUCAACAACUCUGGCGGGAGACUAUGGAUGAACUUUCUUUCGCUGGGGUCGAGGAGAUUGUGCGAGAGGUGAGUGGGCUGAAGUGA